GACAGACCCCAACUUGGCAGGUUUGAAUUGAAUUGAUAUUUCACAAGUUUUGUUACUUAAAUUUUGUUAACAUUAUAACACAAUGCAUUGUUUUCGUUACUUCGAAUAUGGAAUUCGGAAAAAAGCACAGGAGAUCCAAAAAUUCAAUGACUCCCCCCAUUUAUUGUCUCGUGGAGGAUAUGAACUUAUGGAAAAAAAAUUGAUGGAAGAGAAAAUGAAGACAAGACAAAGGCAAGCUGAGUGUACAGAAAAUACACCGAUGGUCGUAGACCCUCCAUCCCCAAUUGCAAGACAUGUUAAGUGGAAGAUGGCUAGAACAAACAAAUAUGGCAAAAUGACAUCUGCAGCAGCUCAACAAAUCUCUAACAAAAUUGAUGAAUUAGAAGAACAAAGCACACAAGGUACGUUUGUGCCGCAUGGCCGGAACGACAUAUUGAACACUGCGCUUGGCCGUGAAGAGCAUCCUGGUCGUGUCCUUGCUGCUGGACAUGGUGUCACCAUUAGUAGUUACUUUGGACAACGUUCAAGUGCCUCUAAUAGUUCUGCGGCUAUGAUAAACCCGGAUCAGUUGGUUCAAAUCAUAGGUAAUCUCAAGCAAGAGUGGACAAAAGAGUCAGCCCUUGUACAACCGGCUAACCCUAAUGUGUUGCUUGCACGUGUUAGCACCAAAGAAAGUUGUGCAGAAGUUGUUGCAAAUGUUGUUGCUGGGGACCCAUCUGCGGUUGAGGAGAAUACCAUGGGGUUGUAUGUUGUUUGUGGCGACAGUAAACAAUUGGUGGCCUUAGGAAAGGUGUAUCAUGUUGGCGGCAUGAUACACAAUGUUCCUUACGCAGAUGAAGUCCUUCCAUCAAGGGUUUCUGUGGUUACUGUUUAUGAUGGUGAUGCAAGGGUCCCAAUUCCCACACCUGAGAUUGAAUAUGUCAGGGAGGCCAUGAACACAUUCAUUGGCUGGCCAACUAAUCUUGUCAAACCUUUCUCCGCUGAUUCCAAUCAAGAUGUAAGGAAUCCAAAAGGACAUAUUGAUCGGUCAAAUGCAGGUGUUGCAAAGGAUCCACUUGGAGAAAUCAUGAAAAUACUUUAUGAAGUGUAUAUGAAUCCAGUGGAACUCCCUUGGGAGGCUAGCCGAUUUGGAAUUCCAAAUAUAGAUGCCAAAUUUUACAUCACACAUGCUGAUAUGGCUGAAAUAAUAUCAGGUCACAAGUGUUUAAAAAUUUCUAUACUACAACUAUGGAUGAUGUAUUUGGAUGAGUGUGCUACAAGCAGAGGUGAUGGCUCAGUGUAUGGCUUCCUUGAGCCUCAAUCAAUACACAUUGGUAAGGAGGACUGUCAACAAUGUCAACUUUAUAUUGAGACAUGGGUGAAGGAAUCACAACGAUGCUUGUACUUAGGAGCAUACUUGCAUCAGUCACAUUGGCAACUAUUUGUUCUCUGUCCUAGGGAAAACAUGGUUGUUUGGUUUUGUUCGUAGCGAAAGAAGCCUGAUGUUAACAUAAAAGCCGUAAUAAAUAG